CCGCUUACAAGUGUCCAAAUUUUGGUCUUUUUCCUCUGUUGCAUUAACACCUCCAAGGGUUUGGUCAUGGCGUACGUAAACGAAACACUCCUUGAAUCGAAACCCUAGCAAACGAAACCCUUAUUUCCUUCGAUCAAAACCCUAGUUUUCUUUUUUCGGCCAUGGAAGCUGAUCAGAUAGGCUUUGUUCUGUCGAGGGUUUCGGAGCUUCAAUCGAAGAUCAACAACUGCAUUCACAGAGCAACUAAGCAGGAAAGUACAUUCAUGGAGGAAGAAGAAGAUAGCGAUGUUGAAGGAGGAAAGGAGGAAGAUGCGGAUGAAGAGUCUGUUUCUUCAAGAACUGGUGAAUUAAGGCUACAGAACGACAAUGAAGCUCAUGCCGAAGCCGAGAGCCUUUUGAACAUUCGAAGUGCCCUAGAAUCACUCGAGGAGCAGCUCUCAUGCCUACAGGCUCUGCAGCAUCAACAGAGGCUAGAGAGAGAAGCGACCCUUGCCGAGAUCGAUCAAUGCAGAAGAGUUUUGUUAAAGAAACUGAAGGAUUACAAAGGCCAAGACUUUGAAGUGAUACAUGAGGCCUCAGCCUUUGCUGGUGAGACCGGAGAACAAGGUGACGAUCUUCUUCUCCCUCCUUAUCCUAGCCGCUUGCCUGACUCCUCAACACUUGAAGAAACCUACCUUUCAAAACCCCCAUCUCUACACAGUAAAUCUCCUCACAAUAACAUUGCUAGUAAUCAGAGCCUCUAUACCAAACGGAAGAACACCUCUGAAACUAAGAGAAAAUCAACUCAGUUGAAAGACCAUCAUUCCAGUGAGAAAAAACCACAAAAUGGAUUAAAAAUGGUAUUGAGUCUUGUUGCUAAAACUGCUAUUGCAGUUGCUAGUGUGGUAUCGGUGUUGAGUUUAGCUGGUUUUGAGCCAAGGCUCAGAAGAAGGGGGUUUUCAGUUAAGGCCCUCAAGUUCCCUCUGAAACCAGCAGAGGAUAAAGGAUCAGAGGUUCGGUGCCCUCCCGGAAAGGUUUUAGUGAGAGAAAAUGGUGUGGAGAGAUGCCUUGUAAAAGAGAGAGUGGAGGUUCCUUUUGAGUUGAUGGUUAGGGCCCCCGAUAUAAGUUAUGGGUUUGGAGAUUUGGUUCUGGCUUUUUUGGUUGAUUGGGAUUGCCUUGAAGCCAUAUGGAAACCUUUGGAGCAGACGAGUGUUACCAGUUUGGACAAGGUUGGAAAGUUAGUUGCCAGGUUGAAAAGGCUAAAUCCUCAAUUCUGGGUUCCUAGGAUCACUCCUAGAGGGGUUUUACUUUUGCCUGAGGGAGUAACCCAUGUUGUUGUCUGCAUAGAUCUCAUAAUAGGAAGAAUGGAGCUCUUGAGCAGCAGCCCUUCAACCUCUGCAAAACUCAUCUCCAUGAGAAAUGGAGCAGUGGCAGAGAUGGGAACUAUAUCCAAGCAAUGGGCAUGUAAAAAUAAGUAUCAAACGUCUAAUCCCUUCAAUUCAAGGCUUUCUUGGGCAAAGAUGGAUGGAUUUGGACAAGCAAUAGUCUCAAAACCAGCUGGAUCCAUGCAGGGAAUAAAGAGCAAAGGAAAGAGCAUCGGGGUAAUAAGAGCCUUCUCAGAAGAGCAAGAAGCCUUGGUGGUCGAGUCAUGGAAGGUUAUGAAGAAAGAUGCGGCCGAGUUAGGACUAAAGUUCUUUGAGAAGAUAUUUGAGAUCGCGCCUUCUACAAAGCGUCUCUUCUCUUUCUUGCGAGACUCGGAUGUGCCACUGCAACAGAAUCCCAAACUUCGAAGUCAUGCUCUAUCCGUCUUUGCCAUGACAUGUGAAUGUGCUGUGCAACUAAGGAAGAGUGGGAAAGUAACAGUGAGGGAGUCGAAUCUCAAGGACCUCGGAUUCACCCACUUCAAAUAUGGCAUUGUCGACGAACAUUUCGAUGUAGGAAAAUUCGCUCUUUUGGAGACGAUUAAGGAAGCAAUUCCCACCAUGUGGACGGUUGAGAUGAAGGACGCAUGGGCCGAAGCUUAUACCCAACUCGCAUUUGCCAUUAAAGAGGAGAUGAAGCCUACUUCAUAGAUUAAUCUAUUAGAAAACCUUUAUAUAAGGUUACAACCUUAUUUCUUAUUUGUAGAAAUAAAGUUGCAAAAAUCUAUACCGUCAAUUUUAUUUGGACUUUGUAGAUUGGACACACACAUUGUAAAUGCAACCUUAUUUGUAGAAAUAAGGUUGCACUAAUCUCCACCAUCCAUUUUACUUGGACAGUAUCGAUUGGACACUAUUUUAAAGACGUGCUAUGCAUUGACAUUGUCUUAAAAUAUGUGUUUCAUCUACAAUGUCAAAUAAAAUUGACGGUGCAGAGUAUCGCAACUUAAUUUCUACAAAUAAGGUUGCAACCUUAUAUAGACCACACCGUAAUCUUUUCUUCCUAAUUUUAUCUUGGGUAUUGUAAAAUAAAGAGGUAGCAUAUGUACAAGCUGUGACCUCCACAUUCAAAAGUCUAAAUAAAAUUGACCGUGCACAUUAUUGCAACUUUAUUUCUAGAAAUAAGGUUGCAACUUUAUAUAGACCACACCAUAAUCUUUUCCUGCUAAUUUUAUCUUGUGUAUUGUAAAAUAAUGAGGUAACAUAUGUAAGACGUUGUGAUCAUGUACAAAAGAUAAAUGGUCUCUUUGUGGACAA